AUGCAAUCACAAACGAGAAUAGCAGCAUCAAGACCCGUCCGUGUUAGGGUUGAAGGUGGAAUCCCUCCUCUUGUUGAAUUGCUUGAAGAGGCUAGCAAGAUUCUAAGUGCAGUUGCUAUAGCCUUCUCAAAUUGUUCCAGUUUGUGGCCAGCAUUUAUCCCAGUGCAUGAUCCUUCUAGAAAAGCUUAUAUUGGUAUCCAAAAUAUGGGAACAGUAUUUACUCGAAGAUUUGAAGGAGAUCUUAUUUCCACUCAAGUUCCUGUAAAACUCGUGCAUUUGGAGGGAUUAUAUGAGUUGUUUGUAUCUAAAUUUGCCUUUUCAUCAUCAGACCUUUCAACACAUUUCUUCAAAGUCCAUUUCACCAUGAAAUUAACAUACAAGACACUUACUUAUGAUGAAGACAAUGAAGUGCUAAAUUCUGAGUCUGAGAUUACUGAAUCUGGAGGUGAUAAUGGAGGCGAUAAUAGAAACAAACUACAAUGGGAUGAUGAUUGUCCUUGGAGUGAGUGGUAUACUGCAGAAGACCCUGUAAAAGCCAUUUCUGUACUAGAGUCACUUCUUAUUAGAGAAGUACGUUGGUGUUGGGAAGAGUCACAACCAUUGCCACGAAUGCCAACCAAAGCUGCAAUUGAUCUAUCAACCUCUUUAGUUCACAAAAAUCUGCAAAUGAAUGUGGUGAUUGAUGAAGCAGUUGAGCCUCGAAGAAGAGUUACUGUAGCCAUGGGAACCGAUCGACAACUGGAUGGUAUAAAUAUUAAUAUUAUUAAAUCCAGUCCUUUCAUGCAAUGUGUAAUUGUGUAUACGUUAGGCUUAGAGCAAUGGUUGCAAGAGAUGAGUUCAGAAGAAGAAGAAGAAACAAGGCUGCAACUAUAG